GUUGUUUGGCACCACUGGGAGAAAAAAAAAAAAAAAAAACCUUCACAGCCUGGUGCAAUUCCCACCUCCGCAAGGCCGGGACGCAGAUCGAGAACAUCGACGAGGAUUUCCGGGAUGGGCUGAAGCUGAUGCUACUCCUGGAGGUGAUCUCAGGUGGGUCCUUCCUCCCCAUCCUCAUCCUCAUCCCCAUCCUUCCCAUCAGGUCGCUGGUGGUUGAAGGAGCAGCCCGAGGGGGGAAGAUGCGGGUGCACAAGAUCAACAAUGUCAACAAGGCCCUGGACUUCAUCGCCAGCAAGGGGGUCAAACUGGUCUCCAUCGGGGCUGAAGAGAUCGUGGACGGCAACGCCAAGAUGACUCUGGGUAUGAUCUGGACCAUCAUCCUCAGAUUUGCCAUCCAGGACAUCUCGGUGGAAGAGACCUCUGCCAAGGAGGGGCUGCUGCUCUGGUGCCAGAGGAAAACUGCUCCCUACAAGAACGUCAACGUGCAGAACUUCCACAUCAGCUGGAAGGAUGGCCUGGCCUUCAAUGCCCUGAUCCAUCGGCACCGGCCGGAGCUGAUCGAGUAUGACAAGCUCAGAAAGGAUGACCCGGUGACAAACCUGAACAACGCCUUCGAGGUGGCUGAGAAGUACCUGGACAUCCCCAAGAUGCUGGAUGCAGAGGACAUUGUCAACACAGCCCGUCCCGACGAGAAGGCCAUCAUGACCUACGUGUCCAGCUUCUACCACGCCUUCUCGGGGGCCCAGAAGGCUGAGACAGCAGCCAACAGGAUCUGCAAGGUGCUGGCAGUCAACCAGGAGAACGAGCUGCUGAUGGAGGACUAUGAGAAGCUGGCCUCAGAUCUCCUGGAGUGGAUCCAACGCACCAUCCCGUGGCUGGAGGACCGGAGCCCCCAGAAGACCAUCCAGGAGAUGCAGCAGAAGCUGGAGGAUUUCCGGGACUACCGGAGGGUCCACAAGCCCCCCAAGGUGCAGGAGAAGUGUCAGCUGGAGAUCAACUUCAACACCCUGCAGACCAAGCUGAGGCUCAGCAACCGCCCGGCCUUCAUGCCCUCCGAGGGCAGGAUGGUGUCUGACAUCAACACGGGGUGGCAGCACCUGGAGCAGGCAGAGAAGGGCUACGAGGAGUGGCUGCUGAACGAGAUCCGGCGCCUGGAGCGGCUGGACCACCUGGCUGAGAAGUUCAGGCAAAAAGCCUCCAUCCAUGAGGCCUGGACUGAAGGGAAGGAGGCCAUGCUGAAGCAGAAGGACUACGAGGUGGCCACGCUCUCUGACAUCAAGGCCCUGAUCCGCAAGCACGAGGCCUUUGAGAGUGACCUGGCUGCUCACCAGGACCGCGUGGAGCAGAUCGCGGCCAUCGCCCAGGAGCUCAAUGAGCUGGAUUACUACGACUCUCCCAAUGUCAACUCCCGGUGCCAGAAGAUCUGUGACCAGUGGGACAUCCUGGGCUCCCUGACCCACAGCAGGAGGGAGGCCUUAGAGAAGACAGAGAAGCAGCUGGAGACGAUUGAUGAGCUGCACUUGGAAUAUGCCAAGAGAGCAGCUCCCUUCAACAACUGGAUGGAAAGUGCCAUGGAGGACCUGCAGGACAUGUUCAUCGUCCACACCAUCGAGGAGAUCGAGGUGGGGACAGGCCCGGGGGCUCCAGGGCCUCUGGAGACCUUCAGCUCCUGCUUUCAGGUGGCAUCUCGGCCACUUCUGGAGCUCUCCAGGCUCCGGGAGCUGCUCUGGGGGUGGAAGGUGCAGCAGCUGGUGCCCCAGCGGGACCAGGCGCUCCAGGCGGAGCAGAACAAGCAACAGUCCAACGAGCGGCUGCGCCCGCAGGUCGCUGCCGGCAAAAAAGCAAACCUGGUGGGGCCCUGGAUCCAGACCAAGAUGGAGGAGAUCGGGCGCAUCUCCAUCGAGAUGAACGGGACCCUGGAGGACCAGCUGAGCCACCUCAAGCAGUACGAGCAGAGCAUCGUGGACUACAAACCCAACCUGGACCUGCUGGAGCAGCAGCACCAGCUCAUCCAGGAGGCCCUGAUCUUUGACAACAAGCACAGCAACUACACCAUGGAGCACGUGCGGGUGGGCUGGCAGCAGCUCCUCAUGCCCCCUCAGGGACCCUCACCCCCUUUUUUCCCCCCCAGCAUGUGCGGGUGGGGUGAUGCCGAGUUCAACCGGAUCAUGAGCCUGGUGGAUCCCAACGGCAGCGGCAGCGUCACCUUCCAGGCCUUCAUCGACUUCAUGUCCCGGGAAACCACGGACACGGACACGGCCGACCAGGUCAUCGCCUCCUUCAAGGUCCUGGCAGGGGACAAGAACUUCAUCACGGCCGAGGAGCUGCGGCGGGAGCUGCCU